GUUCUUUUUCUCCUCCCCUUCUCCUCCUCUUUCUUCUUCUCCUUUCUCUUCCUCAUUCUUCCAUCGUUCUCUGAUUGUAAGGCAAUUCUAUUCCAUUCAUUUCAAGUUUUUAUUAAGGGCCUCAUUAAGCACCUCUGUGUGGAAGGUGCAGUCCUCAGCCUCCCUAAUACAGAGGAAAAAGGAAAAGCAGACUGCAGUCCUGUUAAGGACCACACCUAAGUGUGAAUGGGCAGGUCGAUUCUCCCGGGCCCCUACAGCUGUGAAUCAUAACACCCCUGAAGGAAUUGCAAAUCAACAUUCCCUGACGCAGAAGUUGCUGGUGAAUCGGGAAUGGAAUAAAUCGGAGGCAAAAGGGAAUCGGAGGGAAGUCAGAGAACGCAACUGCCUCUCAGUCGCCUUGUAACGUUAUCAUCCUCUCUCUUACAUGAAGCGAUCUGUUCUGCUGGUCAGAAUGAGAUCCCCAGUAGCCACUCGCAGGAGGCUCCCGGAACACACUCGAGCUUACUUUUGAAUGUGAAAACUAAUAUGAAUGGACCUCUUGUCACCAUAAUGACAAUUAGCAUUUAAAAAGCUCUUUAAAGUUUUCAAAGAACUUUAUAGAUAUUACUUCAUCCCCGUGAGGUUGAUGCUAUCAUUAUCACUACUUUAAAACCUGGUCUGAGUGAUUUGCCCAGCGUCACUCGACUGGAAGCUGUUUGAGGUAGGAUUUGAAUUCAGGUCUUCCUUUAUCUGGAUCCAACACUCAGUUUACUGUGCCACCUGGUUGUCUCCGGCUUCACCUGCCAGGAUGAUCAGGUUAAUUACAUUCAUUCAAUAAACAUUUAUUAAACGCCUAUUAUGUGCCAGGUACCGUGCUCGCAAAAUACUGUGCAGAAUAUAGCAUGGUUCCAUUUUCUAGAGUGGAAAACUGAUGCUCAGAAAGUUACAGUGAUUCAUGGAUUCAUGGCUUCGUGCAAGCCUCCAGACAACAUAGCCUGAAGCUGUUCAGGUGUAUUCGAGUCCCCGUUUCCCUGGAUAAAACCACACUACCCAGGUGCCUGGAGGCUGAGGCAUCCCGGGACACUCGAUCCCUGCGGUGUCUUACUUGCUCCUCUGAUCCUUUCUAGCCAUUCUGCGCCGCAGCAGCUGCCUUCUCACAACUCCGCCUCACUCCGGGACUGGUGCACAACACGUUCCUAAUUAGCCAAACUCUCUAUCUCAGGCGUUGUUGCCACCAGGAUAUGGACACCUGUCAGACAGGUGGUUCCGCCCAUUUCUCCCCUCCCCCAAAGGAAUGGUCCCAACAAGUGGAGGCUGAGUUGCGGACAACUUGGAGAUCGCUUGCCCCGAAUCCAUUUGCCCCAACGCGGGACUCCGGGCUUGACCAGAAGCCUGGCGAGUCUAGCCACACCUGGGACACACUCACUCUAAGGAGGCCGCUCCCAUUCCGCUCCCCGCUCCCAGCGUCCCAGAGGGCUCUCCCCCCGGCCUGGGGCCAGCUCGGCGAGGUCAGGCCCUAGAAGCCAGCUGCGGCUCUCGGACACUUUCCUCUUUCACUUUUCUUUUGAGCACCAAAGAAGGUUGUUUCUCUUGGCGCUCGGGGAAACCCUGUUGACCCUGGAAGGCGGAGGGCGGGCUUCCUCUGGCUGCGCUCAGAGCAGAGCAGUGCAAAUGCGUUGGCUGGGUCGGACCCCGGCAGUCCCUUUAAAUUGCUCCGGCCCCGGCUCCCGUCCGCCACCUCACCGCAGCCCAGAACCUGCCAGCGAGCCGCGACCCUAUGGAGAGUCCAAUUCCUGAUGCAGCCAUUUGGCUCCAUGGAGUAAUGUUGCAGCAUCAUGCACCAUGCUGGUAAUGUCACGGGUACCACGGAAGACAUCGAGAGCAUACAGCCAGUCUAUUGGGGGUAGGAAAUCAAACUUAAGAAACACAUCUAUUCAGUGCUACUUGUGGCCCAUUUUAAAUUGCCAUUUUUUCAGCAUUUUAAAUGAAUCUGGGACGUAUUUCUUCAUUCUCAGCUGCAUCAGUGCCCAUCUGCCUAAAACUGAAGCUUCUCAUUGGGAAGAUGUCAUAGUUGAAUUGAAUCAUAUUUCAACUAUUACCAAAGGACGUAAUAUUGAUACGACUCUGUAUACUGAAAGUAAUGCCCAUCCAAGUUGCAAAAUCACCAUGAUGAGGUGUUUUCUUUUGGAGCUACAUGUGAUUUCCUAUGAAUGUAAUAAUACUCAGCUCUAUCAAGCAGUAGAAAACAUCCUUGUCCUUGCCAAUGAUGGAUUAUCAUCAAAUAGGAACAUCAAAGAAUCAGGAUGCAAAGAAUGUGAGGAACUGGAGGAAAAAAAUGUUGAAGAAUUUUUACAGAGCUUCAUACGUAUAGUCCAGUUAUUUAUUGGCACAUCUUAAUAUCAUUUGCUGCCUUUCAGCACUUCUGUUGGUGAAAAUUUUCUUCUUGGACUCCUGGACCAGGGACUCAUGUUGUCAAGUCACUGGAAUUUGCCUUUUUCUCAAGAUAAUGAUCAAGACUAUGGAAUUAAUUCACGUUGCAGAACAAAGACAAAAAAUGAAUCAAUUAUCUUGUGAUCUCUUUUACCUUUGUUUUAAAUUUAUUAUUGAAGCUCUACAAUGUCCUAUUAUGAGUUUUAACUUUCAUCCUAAAUGGCAUGGGAUGGGAAAACAAGGCUGUUUUGUCCUGAAUUGGGCCUCAUAUUUAAAGAACAGAUGCAUCUGGAAAAGAGCUUUUGAAAGUGGUGAAAUUGGGACAUUGUGAUGGUGCAAUAGAGAGUACUGGUUCUGGAGUCAGACCCUCACACUAGUUGUGUGACCUUGGACAAGUCACUUAACCCUGAUUGCCUCCAAAAGAAAAGAAACAAAGUAAGAUAGAAGAGUACUAGAUUUAGAGGGAAAGGGCAUGAGUUAAAUUUUGCUUCUAGGAUAACUUGUCCUUCUGCGGCAAAGAACAUAUAAUUUUUCUGGGCCAUUUCCUUAAUUAUAAAAGGAAGAUGUUGGACAAGACAACAAUUGCUAGUCUUUAUACAGAGCUUUAAGGUCUAAGUGACUUACAAAAAUAUUAUUUCAUUUUACCCUGGGAGGUUGAUGCUAUAAUUAUCCCCAUUUGACAAAUGAGCAAACUAAGAUAGACAAAAGUUCAAUGAUUUGCCAAAUCAUAGAACUAAGAAAAAGCCAGAAGUGACUGCUUUCAAAGGUCCAACCCAUAUGUAAAUCCAUGAUUCACUGAGAUGAAAAAUUACAUUUUGAAUCAAUGUAGUUCAAAUACAAAAUGGUUUUUGAAAAACAAAGGUCAAGUCAAGAUUGAUGAGGUGCUUUAUCAUUAUUUUUUGCCAUCUAUUGAUGACAAUGAAAAAUUCAUAAAACUGUCUUACAGGUGAUGUAACUUGUUUCCCAAACUAUAAAGUGGGUACAAUAAUAGUACCUACCUCCCAAGAUUGUUGUGAAGAUAUCUGGCACUUAGCACGGUGCCAGGUAUACAGUAGGUGCUAUAUAAAUGCUAACUAUAUUAUUAGCCUCCGUCCUUAGCAAUGCCUUACUAUGAUGGGGCAAGAUGGUUUGACCGCACUUAUUGCUGCAGGUUUGUAAAUAACUCAGGACCUUUAAGUUGGUAAAGAGUUGGGACAAUAGGAGAGAGGAGAGAGAAUCUUUUAUCUGACUUCCUAGUUUGGGAAAAAGAGCAAAGACAAUCCAAAAUCAGUGGAAAAGGCAGUGGGAGUAUUUACCCAGGAGAAUGAGCACCGGCUUUGGAGUCAGAAGAUAAGACUUCAAAUGUGACCGCUCUGGCUGAAUUCAAUUUCUUCAUCUGUCCAAUGAGAAUGGAGGACUAGAUGGCCUUUGAGAUCUUUUUCAGCCCUAAAUCUACAAUGCUUUGAAGAAAAUUACUGAUUGGAGUAUUUGUUUUUCUUUUUAUUUGUUUAAUGUAUAUAGAGCAUAACUCUCAGGUUGUUGUAUUAAAGAACAUAUUUUGAUUUAUUUCUACUGUACAACCUUUAAUAAUUAAUAGAAAAAUAAGUCAGUAUAGAAUGUUUAGGACAUAGGUUCUCAGGGAUGUAUAGAUUUUUAUUUUAAUGGAACCUGAAUGGAUCUUAGUUUUAUGCCUUAUACAGACACACACAAUGUUUGCUUUCUCUCCCCUUCCCAGAAUAGUCUCCUACCUACAACCGGCUCACUGCCCUGAGUUUAUAACGGUCUUCAAUGUGUAUUUUAGAGAAUUGGGCCCCAUGAGAUAAAUUUGAUAUUAUGUCUGUCACUCAUGAGUAAUAGGUCUUAUUUCCAAAGUAUUGUCAGUGUCAUCAUCAUGGCCUGAAAGAAGGAAUAUAAUGCUCUUGGUACCAGAUGGUAGUAGGUAAGCACUAGGGGAAAAUAAGCUUAGGGACAACUGGCCAUGAUCUCACUGGGAAAACUUGGAUUGUGCAUGUGUUGAGUUUAUGCACAAGUGUGAAGGGCCAGACUGUCAGAAAGUCAGUCCCUGCUCAUGUCUUUGACCACUGACUGCUUUCAGUCUCCCAGAAACUCUAGUACUCCAUGAAACAACCUGUUAUUAUAUAGGUAGUAAGUGUCAGAGUUGAGAAACCAGGACUUUUGAUUUCAUCAAGUAUAUCUUUUUUCACACAAUGUGUAUAUAUAUAAAUAUAUAUUUGUAUUUGCAUAUAUGUAAAUAAUAUUUUAUAUAAGGAAUUUUCAUACUUCAUAGGAUCAUAAAUUUAAAGCUGAGAGGACUUUAAAGUUCAUUGAGUUAAUCAAUCCCCUUGAGACUAUGUCAAAGGACUUACCCUUACUCACACAGACAUGGAGCUGUUCAGACAUCAGAAGAUCUGAAAUCAAAUAUUACUUCUGAUAUAACUUCUCAGAUUUUGAGUAAAUCAUGUGAUCUGCUCAGUUACUCAGUUUCUUCAGCUAUAGAAUAAGUAGCUGAAGACAGAGGAGUAGAGAGGGCUGGAUAGGUCCCAUCUUUUUAAACUGUGGGUUGCAACCUCAUUAAGUGUCUCAUAACUGAAUGUGGGGACUGCAAGAUUAUGAUGUUUUUUAUCAAUGAAUGUUUGAUUUGUAUGCCUAUUUUUAUAUACCUAUAUACUCAGGCUCAUCUAAAAAUUUCUUGGAUUCACAGGGAAUCACAAGGUAAAGCCCUGGGAUAGAUGCCCUCCGGAAGGCCCUCUUAAAUUCUAACUUUAUGAUCUUAAGUGAAUAGAGGGUGGAUUUGAACCUUGGUCCUACUGACUUUAAGUCCAAUCAAUGUCCUUUUUAUAUUGUGCUACCUCUUGAUGGUUAAACAUUUAAGCUCAAUUGAGUAAAUAUGAAGCAUAAGUUUGUAUCUUAUUCAGUUUUCUUUUUCAAAU